AAUGCACUGCGGGGGGUAUUAUUUCCUUGCAAUCAGAAGGUUGUUGAUGCGGAAUAUGUACACUCAUCGCCAAAUUACCUGUAUUGUUCGUUGAAUAAACAGGAUCUGCAGUUUUGCAAAUGCGGUUUUGUCGGAGUACUGAUGGUAUACCAAGCUCACCUGAAGCAUUAGCUGCUACGGAGGCUCCUGCGAUGUACAGCGAGGAAACGAUCAAUAAUUUACAGAAAGAUUUUAGUAGACUGAAAGAUGUUUGCUACUUGGACCAUGUGGGAGCGACACUAUACUCAGAGAGUCAAAUUAAAGCUGUGCAAGAGGAUCUUUUGUCCAACGUGUAUGGAAAUCCUCAUUCUUUAAGUACAUGCAGCCGCUAUUGUACAGAUGUUGUGGAUCAAGUACGAUUCAGAGUGUUGCAGCAUUACAGUGCCAACCCAGACGAGUACAGCGUAAUAUUCACAUCUGGGGCAACAGCAGCCCUGAAGCUGGUAGCGGAGUCCUUUGUCUGGGGAGAGGACGGUCAGGCUGGCACCUUCGCCUACCUCCAGGACAACCACACGUCCGUACUGGGGAUGAGGGAACUAGCAGCAUCUCGAGGUGCUUCAGUCACGUGCAUCAGCCAGGAGGAAGCUUUUUCUGUCUUCAGCAAGGCUAACAGAGAGAUACAUGGAGCUGAGGUACCAAGCAGCAAUUCCCUUUUUGUGUAUCCAGCACAGAGCAAUUUCUGUGGUGUGCGCUACCCACUAUCUUGGGUUGAAAGUGUGCACGGUGGCAGUUUGAAUAAGCUUCCUGGUAUCAGGUCAAAUGGUUCUUCAAAGUGGUUCUGUUUCCUGGAUGCUGCAGCAAUGCCAUCACUGGAUUUGUCGCACGUGGCACCAGAUUUUGUUUCUGUGUCAUUUUACAAGAUGUUCGGUUACCCUACUGGUCUCGGUGCUCUGCUUGUACGCAAUUCCAGUUCUGAUGCCCUCAGAAGGGAUUACUUUGGAGGAGGGACUGUUCAGAUUGCAUUAUCGAGUGAGAGAUUUCACGUGCCUCGAGUAGAGAUCAGUGAGCGGUUUGAAGACGGUACUCUGCCAUUCCUGUCAAUCGUAGCAGUGCGGCACGGCCUGGAAGCGGCGGAGCGCCUCGUCCCGGGAGGCUGCGGAGGGGCCUCGGCGGCACGCCAUUCGCUCUCGUUGGCCCGUCGGGUGUUUUACCACCUCUUGCGCCUGCACCAUGCAAACGGAGCACCGGUGGCCGUCUUGUACGGAGACACAGACUACAGCAGCGUCGAGACCCAAGGAGCGGUCGUCAACUUUAAUCUGCUGCGGCCUACGGGGGAAUUCGUUGGUUUUGUCGAGGUACUCAACAUGGCAAAUCUGCACAACAUUCAGCUAAGGACAGGAUGCUUUUGCAAUCCAGGGGCAUGUCAGGUGCAUCUCAAGCUCUCUUCAGAUGAUGUCAGAAAACAUUUCCAGGCAGGCCACGUAUGUGGUGACGAAAGAGACCUUAUAGACGGUCAGCCGACCGGAUCCGUUCGCAUAUCCUUUGGCUACAUGUCAACCGAGCACGAUGUCGACAGGUUUCUGGAGAUGGUGGAGUCAGCUUUUGUACGAGGCCCGGCGAUUUUCGAGACUCCGAAAUGGUGGCCAGAGUUUGUUACAUUGUACAGGCAAAAAUUCCAGGUGGAUUCCAGUUGUGUACCCAACAGUUUUGACAUCACAGUGCCGAAUUCUACAGAACCUUUGUCACGUAGCUUAAUUAGUGCUCAGGAAGCAGGGAAGGUGGAAAAGUACAGUUUCACAAGUUACGUUACUAGACGUGAAAAAGACAAAGUAGUAUCUAGUCGCUUCCGAGAAGAGGGAAAUGGUGGUGCAGGUAAAGAAUUUAACCUGGUUAAUGGGAGCAGUUGGUGCACAGAUGUACCUGAGCAGGAUCGUGAGAAAUGCUCAGGUGAAAUGAUCUGUGAAGUCAAAAAACUGAAGUCACUUCCUCUUCUUAGUGAUGAGAAACCUCGAGUACUUCCGGACUCUUUCAGUGACGUGCAAGGUUUUGCUGACAGGCUUGACAGUCCGAGAGGGAUAUGUGGUGUGGAGGAUCCUAAACAGGAAAUUGUGUUGUGUCCAGAAACUUGUAAACAUCUCUCCCCUUUGCCCACCACUGAAAACCUCACACGGUCUUGCAGUGAUACAAACAAUAACACUUCUGAAGAAGAAGCAAAUGGAGACAGCGUGAUUUUUCAGCAGAAAGUAGUAGCUUCCUCUUUCCGACCUCCGAGGAACAAAGUGUUCAGAGGUGCCAGCAGUAUUGAUGCUAAUAAUGAAACUGAAGAGAACUGUUGUAAGCUGACUGUACAGCCAGAAAAACUGCUACAGACCGUGAGUGGGAAAUCUGAAACAGUCACAACACUGAGGCACAUCUUCGUGUACCCAGUGAAGUCGUGCGGCGCCAUGGCCGUCCCGACGUGGCAGGUGAGUGCGCGCGGCCUGGCCUACGACCGGCAGUGGAUGGUGGUGACGUCUGCGGGGGUGGCCCUCACGCAGAAGACGGAACCCCGGCUGUGCCUCAUCGUGCCUCACGUCGAUGUCGACGGGAGGAUCCUGCAGCUUCACUUUCCAGGAAUGGAGCGUCUCGACGUCAGCAUCGGAGACACCGACGCGAGUCGCGUGCCGCGCCAAGUGUCGGUGUGCCAGAGCAAAGUGUGCGGCGACCGCGUGCGGGCCGAGGACUGCGGCGAAGGGGCGGCCGGCUGGCUGCAGGAGGCUCUGGGCCGGCCCGGCCUGCGGCUGGUCAGGCAGAGCGCCGACGACGGGCGCCACGGGAAGGGCAGCGCAGAUACAUCUGGACUGUCACUGUCAAAUCAAGCACAGUACCUGAUGAUUAACCUGGCCAGUAUUAACUGGUUUGCAGACAUCCUGCAGGAGAGAGCAGCAUUCCCAAAGGGAGGUCUAUUGGAAAGAUUUCGCAGCAACUUGGUUGUAGAAAGUACAGAUGCAUUUGAGGAAAAUGAGUGGAAAACGUUGCGUAUAGGAUCAGUGGAUUUUAAGGUGGACGGGCCCUGCACACGCUGCCAAGUGAUAUGCAUCGACCAGGCGACAGGCGAGAAGACGAGGGAGCCGCUGAGGACUCUGUCCGAGGUGUUCUGUGGCAAGAUGAGAUUCGGUGUAUACCUCAGCCAGCUCCACCACGACAGUGCGAGCACUGUGAUCUCUGUCGGUGACAGAGUCAUCGUUCCUGUACCGUAGGCUCUUCAGUAUUAGUGUGUGACUAGCACAACGGCGAGCAGCUACUGGCGUACUAGUGCUUCACGUACUGAUUCCUAUUUUGCAAUUUGUGUUUUAAGUGCCUUAUUCCUCACAUAUUGUGACAUUGCUGUUUUUGUUAUUGUGAAACUUGUUCCUAUCACCUCCUUAUACUAAGGUCACCAUCACACUAUUCCCGGAAUGCUUACUUGGUUUUGAAACAACAACUAUCCUCGAAAUAAUUAAAAUAUCUACCAGUCACUAUUUUAUAUUUUGUAGGUGCGGUAUAGUUACCUCAAUUGUAACAUUGUGAGGGAAACACGUUUCAACGUUGACAUCUAAGAGAGUGUAGAAAACACAAGUACAAAAAUAAUUACAUCACAAUGUAGUAAUAUGAGUAAAAGUAAGAUUCACUUUCUGGGCAAGUUAUGCCAUUGAGACCGCUGUGGCCGGCUGAGCUGUUCUAGGCGCUUCAGUCUGGAACCGCGUGACCGCUACGGUCGCAGGUUUUAAUCCUGCCUCGGGCAUGGGUGUGUGUGAUGUCCUUAGGUUAGUUAGGUUUAAGUAGUUCUGAGUUCUAGGGGGCUGAUGACCUCAGAUGUUAAGUCCCAUAGUGCUCAGAGCCAUUUGAACCAUUUGAGACGGCUGUGUAAUAGGACAGUAAGAAUAGAUUUUCAGUGACAUUUAUUUUUGUAUGGAAUCUCUUGUGUGUCUGUUUUGUUUCUCCUGUAUUACUUCCCAUGGUGCAGGAUAUUAUUAUUUUGUGAGAUCUGAAACUAUUAUUUUUGGAUCCAUUGUCUGUUACGUACAUGAUUUAUAUAGAAAGUGUUUGGUUAUGUGACUUCUUAUGCUUUUAAUUCUUUAAUUAUUUAUGGGUGUUUGGAGCUACUUACAAUUUUUUAUUUAUGCACUGAUUUUUACUUUAUACCAUGGAACAAAAUGCCCGCUCCAUAACAGAGUGGACGUUUCAUUCUAGAAACAAAUCACAGGCUUUGGCUAAGUAAUUUCUUCAUGAUAUCCUUUCUUCUGUGGAGUGGUAAUGUAUAAAGUAUGCAGUAGAGCGUAUGUAAAAUUUGAAAAUUAAAAAUUAAGUAUUGGAAAUGUGAGGGUGGGCCAGGGCUUGGAUAUCUUCAUACAAGCAUUUUCUGUGCGGGAUAAAGGUCUGGAUUUGAGCCCUUAUUGAGCACACAGUUUUAAUGUGCCAUGACAUUUCAUAUGAAGAAUAAGUGAAUUCAUUUAUAACAGGUUGCAUCAAGAGUAUUUAACCUUUUAGCUGCUGCGGACAUGUAUAAGUGUCUUGCUUCGCUGUUCCCCAGGUGCUGUUGACACGUUUACAUGCACUGCCUGGGGUUUCCUACACUGCUACUGCAUGUAAGUGUGUAAGCACAUGCCAAACUCUCACUGUUGCUUAUGAGCUACUUCCACAAUUACCUUUGUGAAUAAAAAAGUUUCAAGUAUUUAUCAUGUAAUAUAUGUGCAUCUUUGCAUGCUACCAUUUGCAAAAACCUUGUUUCAAUACCUUGAACUGUUUAUGAAAUAUGAUGAUUGUGACAACCACACAAUUUCCAAAUUUCAGUGAUGGAAAUGGGUGCAAUGUGUGUGACUCUGUUGGAUGUAAGAGUCAAUAACUCGAGAACAAAAGGAGAUCAUUCAGCUCUCAAUUUCAAAUAAAAGUUUUAUACCUCAUCUACUUUUCAUACACUGCAAUGUAUGACCUAAAAUCAACCAUACACAAAGUUUACGCAGUUUGCUUUUACCUUUGCAAACUCUUUAAAAUAGCGUGCAAUGUUUUACUUAAUUUGAUGCAGCACAGUAACCAUGACAAUAAUAAAAAGUAAUUCAGUUCUUUAUCAAGCAAAGAUAUUAGACUGUAAGAUGUGCAAAAAUGAAAUUUUUUCAGUGAAUAAUUUUCUUAAAAUCAGGUUUCAGCUUUUGGUGAUCAGUGCAGCCACAACAAAGCUACGCUUAGCACGGACUGUAGAGAGUAUGUCUGUAGCAGGGUAAGAAUUAAAAUUUGAGGCAAUUUUGGCUAGUGACAGUUUUGGACUCUGCCCCAUGAUGACACACAUGUAUUCUGCUGUACAUUGUAGUAGAAAAAUAUAUGACUUUUGCAAAACCUGCUUGUAGCCAUUUCAAAUAGUUUGAAAAUAAGUAUUGUAUUUGUAAUGUUCAUUAAAACUAUCUGUGACAAAAACUUGAUGCUUUUACUGAACUGUCAAUAGAUAUGUAUAAUGGGCAUAUAAAAUUUUCUAAGAUGCAUUUAUUUUGCAAAUGGAGUUAUUUGAUGAUGGUUUUUCCUGUAAAAAUAAAUAUAAUUCCAUAUUGUUUUUGAUAUUACUAUGAUGUUUAAAAUAAAAAUAAUGCAUGUACAUGACUUGAUUUAAAUGAUAAUCUACAGAAAAAAAUCUAUUUGAUUUAUGAAGAAGAAAAUGCAGAAAAGCAGGUUGUGACUGAUUUUGUGGAGGGUCUGCAAGUGAUGAAUAGAUGUGAAGGUUGUCUAGUUUUCGUUAACCAUUGCUCAUUUUCAGAGGAAAAAAAAAAACGCCUUUAGGGGACAUUCAUUGUGUUCUGGUGCCACUGAAUGAUUGAGUUUCUCAUAGCGUGAAGUAAUGAUUGGUGGUGGUGUAGUAAAAACUAUGUUCAGAAAACUAGCACAGCCUGUGUUCCCAGCUCCUUAUACAGUUGUGCCCCGUUGUUGCUCUCCUCUUAUAUUUCUCCACCUUCCCCUCCGACAUCACCAUCUGCAACCACGUGACAAACUUUCUGUUGCAUAAGACAUUAAUGAUAAUAAAACUGGAAGACACUGUGCAACAAGCACAAAACAUUUUCACUUGCAAAAAGUAGGCAACAUUCACUUCAUCGACUGCAAAUCCUCAGUGAGCCAAAUGGGUACUUUCUUUUUAAAGUUCUAAGUUUUCUAUUUUGUCAUACAUAAAAUUUACUUGUGGACAGAAGUGAUUUUUAUAUUAUUGUUUGUUAACCUGUGGUAAAUUGUUAAUAAUCUACCUUAUGACAGGACAUCUUGCAUUGCAGAUUAGUUUUUGUUUACUAAGUAAUAUUUUAAAUGCACAUUUUAAAUAGGUUAGUACAUCACAUAGUGCAUAUGAGCAACAGUAGCUGCACAGUGAAGAAGAAACUGAGUGCAAUAUUAGAAGUCUAAGAACUAAAGUAGAAAAAUUUUGCACAAAAACUGCCAUGAUUUGUUAAACUGGGAACUGUUACAAAAAGAAUUAUAGUCAAAAUAUGAAGUUUUUACACUUGAAUAACAUUCUCAAUGAAAGUAAAGCACAAGAAAUAAAUAUAUAUUAACCAAUUGUUACACUGAUUUGAGUUAUGCUGUAGUAUGUUUUUGUUCAUUAGCACUCUGCACAAUAAAUACAAUGUUCAGGAUAGGUGUGAUCUGUUGUUUAUGUUCACUGUCUCAGUUUCAUGUCCAGACACUUGGUUCCUGCUUGUAUUAUUUUAAUGUUGUUUUAACUUUUUAUUUCUUUCGUUAGAAUGAAUUUAUGACCAUAUCAGAAUUUGAUGUUAUUUAAUAAUAGGAAUAUUUUUUUAUUUUGAAUUAAUUGUUAUUUUAAUGAAAUUAUCAUUAGUGUCUAUCUGUAUUAAAUUAUUUUUGUUGUUAAUACAGACAUCAUUUGUUGUGUCAAUAGUUACAGUUAUUGGUUCAAAUGGCUCUAAGCACUAAGGGACUUAACAUCUGAGGUCAUCAGUCUCCUACAGUUAUUAGUGUAUUAUAAGUGGGAGUCAGGUUAUGUGUGUGCAUGGCGGUGGAGGGGUAUUUUUCAAAUAGCCAAACUUUUACUUUCACCGGGCUAUAUUCGUAUUAGCUCCAUCUGCUGCAAUAGCUGAGUGGCCUGGGUUGGAUUCCCGACUGGUUGGAGAUUUUCUCUGCUCGGGGACUGAGUGUUGUGUUGUCUGCAUCAUUCUAUCAUCCUCGUUAUCACGCAAGUCGCCGAAAUGGCAUGAACUAAAAAGUCCUGCAUCAGGUGAUAGAUCUACCCGAUGGGAGGCCCUAGUCACAUGACAUUUCAUUUUGAUUCUAAAGAAACUCUUCUUUCAUGUCGCAGCCAAAGUCAAGAGAUAUAUUAGAGGUGUUGAUUUCGAUCAUUCAAUGUGUGGUGACAAAAUUUUACAUGAGAUUUUAACGAAAUGCACAUUGAAUUCCUCUGACAGAUCAAAACUAUAUCUAGAGACUCAGAAUCAAGCUCAGGCCUGCAUUGCACAAACCUCUUACUGACUCGGCUAUCCAGGAAUGCUUUAUGGGUCACGUGAAAUACGUAUUGUGAUAAGAAAAAGACUGGUGGUAAUCAUUGACAAAGCUUCACUAGGCAAAACAUUUAGGUAUUGCUGUACUGUAACAUUGCAAAAGAGUAAGAAUAUUAAGCUUUAUUCCAUAGUUUUAUUUCUUAGGUACAAAACAGAUGUUUAUGUGAUGGUGAAUAACUAGAGAGGACAAUGUGUAGGUCAAGCAGCCUCAUUUAUUUUGUUGGAAGUUAACUAAAGACAAACAUCAAAAUUUGUACAAUCGGCUAUGAAAGAAAAUUUUAAAUGAACUGAAUUUAAUGAUUUUUUUUUUACCUUUGAUCAAAACAUGGCCACAUGAACUGUGUGUGGUGAUAGUGUGAGGAGGUCUGUGGCAGUCACAGGACAUGAUUUAGGCAGUCUACUGCGUGCUUUUCUCUGCACUUCACACUGAAAUCUCCCAUUUUAAAGUUGUCUCUGCAUCUCGUGAUGAUGUCACACAAUCCGUGUGUGUUGGAGGAAGCUUCUUUCCCAGUGUCAGCUGCUGAUAAAUACUCCAUGCUCUUGCUCGCAACUUGCUGCAGCAUUUAUGCAAAUGUCUUUAACGCAUUAGGAAAUCGAAUAUUUGAUGCGAGGCACCCUGCUGUAUUGGCUGACAUUCAAGCUAUGGAGGGGCCAGUGGUUGCAGGCAGCUAAUAAGUGCAAUUUCUCCAGUGGUGCAUUGUGUAGGUAGCCUUUAUCUAUCAUAAACUGUUGUAGAGGAAUUGUAAAAGCAUUCAAGCCCAAAGGCUGGUUUGAACACCACUGUGUUUUACUGGGCAUUGUCCUAAUGGAGAUGGUAUGGCAAUGCUCUCGUCUCACCUUUGAACUGAUUGCUCCAGCUAGUUGUAGGUGGACCUACACUUUAACAUAGACACUGAACCGCAAUGAAACUUGCAUUUUUCAAAUCGACAUUUCCAGAGAUGACAGAGAAAAUGCUAGAACCAACUGAAAAUUGUACCCCAAACCUUUGGAUUUGUAUUACGAUUAAAUAACUUAUGGAAAUGCAGCCGGAUGACAUCAUCGGUAACCGACGAUGUUUCGAAAGGAGCACACCCUGCCAUUUUCAGUGCAAAACUGCAACAAGUAAAAACUGUGCCAGGGAAUUUAAAACCUCACACACUAUAAACACUAGUGCCAUCACAAACCAAGAUGGUCAUCGUCGGAAGUUAUUGAUAACGAAAUUAAUAGUUAACAAAUGUUUUUUGGCAAGGGAGAGAGCUAGAUUCCUUGCAGAAUUUAAACAAAACUCACCAUUUCUAUUUAUAAGGUUACUUGCUCACUUAAUUUCAACAUCUUCAUUAAUAACGCUAUCCCAAUAGCUGGAAGUGCAUGCCAGAAUUUCAGUGUUGUUUUCCACAGGGUGACCACUGCAAAGACAAUUUUCUGCAAUGGCAGAUUUGCAUGGCUGUUGUAAGGGUGUAUGCCACUUGGGCUAAGUACAACAGUCCUGAUGGUCUGACCAAUACAUGACAUGUCACAACUACAAGGAAUACAGUAGACACCAGCCUUACAUAAAUCGAGAUCAUGCUUUACAGAACCUUAAAGGACCCUGAUGUUCAAUGGUGACCGAAAUACACACUUCACAUCGCAUUUCCCCAAAGUAUGACCAAUCCUGUUCGAAAUUCCCCCUGUGUAAGGCAAAGAGGCCGUAGACUUUGGUGCCACCUCGAUAUCAUCAUUUGUCGAGUGCACAGUUGGUCGAUAGUGCACUGCAUGUCUGAUCUGUUUUCUGUUAUAACCAUUCUGAUGGGAAGGUGACUGAGAUGGACUAACUCAGCUGACAAAUUGUCAGGGUCCGAGGUGGCAAACAAGCAGGUGAGGGCAGCAAUUAGCAUACUGGACUUAGAUUCAGGACGACAAGGGUUCAAACCUGUGUCUGGCCAUCCCGAUUUACGUUUUUCAUGAUUUCCCUAAAUCGCUUAAUACAAAUGCCGGGAUUGUUCCUUCGAAGGGGCAAGGCCGCUUACCUUCUCCAUCCUUCCCUAAUCUGAGCUGGUGCUCAGUCUAUAGUGACCUCAUUGUCGAUAGUGCGUCAAACCACUAAUCCCUUCCUCCUCUUCCUGCUCCGAGACGACACGGGCGCUGUGAACCGAGGUCACUUGCAGCAGUUUUGCCCUGAAAGUGGCAGGGUGUGCCCCUGUCAAGAUAUUGGCAGCACUGGCUGCACUCUCGUAAGUUAUUUGAACAUUGUAUAUGCUGAGAGAAAUUAAAGUCUCACAUUGUAGUAUGAUGCUUACCCACUAACUCACCAAGUUACACAAGAGGAAUUGUAUAAAAAUAAAAAUUAAAUUGGGAGCUUUGUUAUGUUUUAUGAUAUGUAUAUGGGCACUUGAAUACUUCACGGUGUGCAGCUCCUUGUACAGGCAAUAAAAAUAAUGUUUUUAAAAAGCUGCAUCAUUAAUGUUCAGGACCAUAGGAUUGUUCUGAAGCAGCAAAAAGAGACAAUGUUUAGGGGACAUGGGAUAGGGGGAAGCAACACCCACAGAACCCAAGUGAAGAGAAGCUCAUGAGAUAUAAAGGGGACAGGAGGCAGAAAUAUAGGACUCGGGCAUAUGAAAUUAGAGAAGAGAAUAAUUUAGACAGUAGGAAAUUAACUGGCAUAAAGGACUAGGAAAUAAGGUACUGGAAGAGGAGAGAUUGAAAGGAAACCAUAUGAUCAAGGUAGGAGAGGGUUUGUGUUUCUUGGGGAAGGGAAGGGUGGAGUGGAUUAAAAAUUGGAGGAAUAUUGUGGUGGUGGUGGUGGUGGUGGUGGUGGUGGUGGUUACUGAAUUAUGUAAACAUCAAGUUUAUCAUCAUUGAAGGGAGAGGUUGAUUGGUGCUUAAAAGAGUCAGGGAGCAGUUUGAGAGCUGGCAAUAUAUUCCAUAGAAACACAGUCUUGUAUUCCAUAGUUUUUAAGAACUGCUAGGAGCUUUGAUUAUUACUGCCUUGUCAUUGUUGUUAAACUUGAGUCUUCUUUUACUUACUUAUGUUUACAUCAAUGUUGCAGCUUAGUCACACAACCAUUUCACUGUACAGUAGUGAAUUCCUUUUCUUGAAGCUAUUCACAGUAAUUCAUUAGAAAGUGGACAUGUUAUGUCCUAACUUGCAUAUCAGUUCCAAAAGAAUGCAGUAUUUAUUUCAUUGUCUGUAAAUUUAAUUCUUGUUUUGGUAGUAAUGGGAUAAAACAGAAAACAAAAAUGGAAGAUUAAAAUCACUGAAAAUGUGGGAAGGGUAGAGCGCACCCUUUCCUUCACGGAUUGAUGUAUCAGUGACAAGUAAUGCUUGCUAAACGAAGUACACAAUACCUUGUUAUAUUACAAGCGGCAUGAAGUAACAAAACAAAAGAGAUGCAUGGAAUUUUCCACUUAGUGCACAGAAACAUAAUUUUUUCUACAAAUUUCAGUAAUGGUCAUUAGUUCCUAGGUUAUAGUGAAGCUUUGAAUGAGACAUCCAGUCAUUUCAUUUGUGCAGCUACUAACCCUGUUCUAUAUUUGUUGACUGUUGGUUUGGUUAUAAGUUGUCUGUCAUAGAAUCAUGUUAUAAUAUCCUUUUGUUUGUUAAUUGAUUUAUUAUAUGUUAUAUAUCAAAAUAGUACAAAGUACGUAUGUUGUUUUUUGCACCUGUUAUACUUUUUGCACUUGUUAUAAUUUCAGAAAGUUUUUUCUUGUUAAAUUUACACAAAAAAGUCUGUGAUACGGUAUCUACAAAAUAAAAGCAAUGU